CGGGAACUGCCGCGACGACGCCGACCGCCCAGGCGUCACCGACAGCUUCUGGGGGUGCUGCAAUCCCGCAGACCAGCAGCUCUUCCUCGCGGUUGCCAACCACAAGAUGCUUUUUCCGCUUCAAGUACGAAGAGAGCCAAAACGUGCGCGUGAAGCUGGUCGGGUCCACGCCGCAGUUGGGAUCGUGGGACCCGGACCUCGCACUCGAGCUCCACACCAACCCAAACUAUUUCCCGUGCUGGAUCAGCAACGAUCCCGUGCAUUUGCCGCUGGGCGAAACGUAUUUGUUUCUGUCUUCUCAGCUUGUGGUGCGCUUCGAGUGUAUUCAAAUUCAUCGUUAGCACUUGCUCUGCCUUCGUUUCUCGUUAUUCUGCUGUUGAUCGAUAGGGGCUGGUGGCACGACAAUAUUGAAGUAUACCUGGUACUCAUCUGCAUUACUUUGCAUGGGUUGCUGAUGUAAGUAGGACAACAGUUGGACGACGCCACCAGCACAUUUAGCCUGGGUGCGAUAAUGGAAAGAUGGUAUCAUCUGCAUUCUGGAGUAAAACUACACGCUCCACAGGGUAGAAUACCAAUACAUUGUGGAGGAGGCCGUGCCCAAAACAAGCGAGCAUUGUUCCGCCUCCCCGGGUUCCGACGCGGUUGCAGCGGACGGGGGCAGCGACCCGGGUUUCCUUGCGUCCGUGUGGAAUUCCUUUUUCGGAUCCUCGCGCGGCCGUGAGGACCUCGUCCCGGGGAGUAGUACGGGAUCAACCUGCACGCCGGGUGGAAAUCAGGCUGUCAACGGUCUUCGUGAAGAGCAGACGCGGCAGGAUGGGAACAGCGGUGGCAGCGGUAUUUCGUCUACGACAGACGCGAGUCGGAGAGUGAUGUGUGGUGAAGCUGGUCGUGCCACUACAUCGAGCGCAGCAGCAGCUAGUACAAGCAGCACGUUUCAACAUCUUCAAGACCGUGUUCCUGAGAACAACAGCGAUGACUCGGAAAUGAAAGUGACUCGGGUGAGGUGGCUGGAUGCGCACCGGUACACGCUGCGGCCGAGCGGGCAAGAGAUGACGGUGGAGGAUGACGAGGGGUGGUUCCGGAACUUUUCCAAGUUGCUGACCGCAGUAGAGCAGCCGGACGCGAAGUUAACAGGAACCCACCCGCUCUGUCGCACCUCCGAGGCCAGCACCGAGCCGCCUCGAUCGCGCGCCGCGUCCUCGAGUGCCACAACCGCGGCAGCGCGGGCGAGCAGCUGCGACAGCGCGCCAACGACAGACGACGACCCAGCCCGGGGCCACAGCCCCGAGCCGGUGUUCGAUCAGCUCGACGGCUCAUACCACUUGGUGCAUAUGGCCGUGGGGAACGGACGAACGCAACUCAAGCCGCUCAAGAGUAGUGCUUUGGGAGUGCGCACGAAUCAGGCGGGCAACAAUAAUAUGCAGCCAAGAAAUAUGAAUGCCAACAAGCCAGGACAGCAGCUUCUUGGCUUCGGAAACGCGACUUCUGCGUCUACUGGCAGUUCUACUACUUUAGCAGGGCUCCACACGGCGGCGGGCAACAGCUCAACCGCAAGAAGUGGCAUAAGAGGACUGCAUAACCAGCACAGCCUAAGCAGCAGCAAGCUGCGGGGUGGAACUACGUCGUUCGGAGCUGGGCCGCUGCACAGAACAACGUUCGGCGGAGGUUUUUCCUCGGCAGGAUCACAAGGGCCGUCGAGUUACAGCUUGAACCAGCAGAGCUAUGGGGCAGCUGCCACACAGCAGUUUCACCCCACCAGCAGAAGUAGGUACAACCAUGGCAGCACAGCUGCUACCCAGGGCGGCAUGUUGCGUUCCCUGCAGCCGGCGGGGUCCGCGCCGGUGAUUCACCGGGGCAAUACCCACGUAAAUCACUCGGAAGACGGGCGGCUCUCGUCGGUCGAGGGUAAUUUCGAGAACGAGGACGGGUUUGACCUGAACGAGGGCGAUCUCUGGAACGACGAUCCGAUCUUGCAAAAACUGAAGGAGGAAAACGACGACGCGGACCUCGGACCGGGCGACACCGUGAUGGUGAUCGCGUUUCAGCUGCCGCUCAAGGUUAUCAAUUGUAAAAAUGUCUGGGUCUGGAAGAGUCAUGCUGUUUUUGCAUGACACAGAAGGUCUGGCAUGGAAGCUCUAGCAUGACAGGUUUCGAGAACCUUCCGCAAUGCCGAAUCCGCAUGACAAGUCCCCUAUUUUGCUGGCAAAAAGUGGGAGCUUUUGCUACGUAUGCAUGAGAGACUUUUCUGUGUUCUGAAAUACGCAUUACAAGUUGCAUUCUUCCAGACCCAGACAUUUUUACAUUUGAUAAAGGUCACGAAGACCAAGGAGGGCACGUGGGCGGUGACGGAGUCGAAAGCGAACCUGAUUCCGACGUUGCACCAAAAUGUGCGCGCGGGGAAAGUAUCAACUGUAAAAAUAUCUGGGUCUGGAAGAGUCGGGACUUGUCGUGCACAUUUUGCAUGACGCAUCAGGUCUGUUAUGCUGGUGCUAGCAUCACAGAGUUUUUGAGACCUUCUUGAUGCUAAUAUACGCAUGACAAAUGCCCUCUCCGCGUGCCAGGAACUGACUCCUCUUCCUGCUCAUGCAACACAGAUAUUUUUAGAAUCCGUAGACAGCAUAAUUGCAAGUUUCACUCUUCCAGACCUAGACACUUUUGCACUUGAUAGAAAGCACGGUUCAGGCUGCUCUGCGUCGGCUGGCCCGGCGUGCACAUCGAGUCCGAGUACGAGAAAAGACAGGUGCUUGCUGUAGCUUUGGUCGAUCAACAAGCUAAAGGUGUUUCCAGAAUAAAAAGAACUCUUCAGCACGCAGGCGAAUGAAGCGCUUGCUCGCCGUUUCGAACAGUUAGGAAUGGUUGUGCAUGAUCGCUCUUAAGUUCUUUCGGCAAGUUGAACAGACAACAUUAACGCACGGAAUAAAUGAAAAAUGCAUUCAAAAUCAGGUGUCUGACCUGCUUUUCCAGUACGACUGCAUUCCGGUGUUUCUUCCGCGCGAGGAAUUCGACAACUAUAUGAAUUUUUGCCAGCAGAUCCUGUGGCCCAUCCUGCACGAGGUGGUGCGGCUAAACCACAGCGGCGCAUCGGAGAAUGGCACGUGGGGCAGUCCCUCGCCGAACCGCGCACACAGCACGCUGGAGGACCUGUGGGUGUCCUACCAGCGCAUCAAUUUGUGCUUCGCAGACGUCAUCAUCCGCACCUCGCACCACACAGACUUUUUUUGGAUCCAGGACUACCACCUGCUCCUGCUGCCGCAGUACCUGACGCGCAAGAUUCGGAAGGCGAACAUCGGCCUGUAUCUCCACACGCCCUUUCCCAGCAGCGACAUCUUCCGCUGCCUCGCGGUGCGGGAGGAGCUGCUGCGGGCCAUGCUGUGCGCCGAUUUGAUCGGGUAAUUGGCCGCUUUUUGUCGUGCUCUCGAGCUACUGUAGUACGCGAGAAGAAAACUUUCAAACUUCUACCGCUUAGGCGUGGGGCUGGGGAUAAGUACAGCAAGAAAUAACUCGUGGGUGAUCAUAAACAUGAACAGGAAGCAGGCGAGAAUUUCAAUAUACCAUUGAGAAUCCUCUAUCUUUAACCCAGGUUCCAGUUUUUCGAGUAUGUGCGGAAAUUUUUCGUCACGGUGAAGCGCAUCGUCGGCCUCGACUACCAGUUUCUCCCCUCGGGACAGAUGGCGGUGGACUACCAUGGACGGCAGGUGAUGAUCAAGGUGAGUCACGUGAUGGUGAACGUGCACGAGGUGGCGCAGGCAGCGAACAACCUCGUUGAUCUGAAAGCGGCUCUGGAGGCAGAUGAGGAGAAGCGAAAGCUAGAGAGCAAGUCCGCAGCUGCGAUCGAGGAUGGAGUGGUCGCCGGGACCACGGUCGCGAGUGCUGUGGGGAACAAAACAUCAUCUUGUGGUGUGGCCGCACCCGCUAAGUCUACCUCGGCAGCUGGUGCUGGCACCAGUAGUACAACUACGGCUAAUAUCGCGCCGGCCAACACCGCCGGCAUUGUCGCGACUUCCGACCGGAUUACGGCGAGUAGGAGCAGCACUGACGAGGAGCAGGAACAAAGCGUACCGGACGGAAAGGCGGUGCAAGUGCAGCAGACGCUAUCCGGAAAAAAACCUGUGGUAGUCGUGUAACUCGUGGAAUGCUGACAGCAUGACAAAUUUGAUGCUCUGCAUAUUAGAUAAAAUGACUAGUGCGUGAAAACGCUAACGCAUAUCAAAAGCAGGGGACUUUCUGGCUGUCUGGCAUGACAAGUGUGAUUGGAUUGCUUUUUCUGCACUACAGACUUACCACUUACACGAGUAUCUUUUUCUUGCAUAGACGCCGCUCGCAGAGGACGAGUGGAGCGCGACGGACUCGCACUCCCUGUCCCCAGACGAAUUGACAAGUUCCGCCCCCGCGCGGGCCUCGGUAGAGUACGAAUUGGAGGACUCGCCGCGAUGCGGGCUAUGCAGUGCAAAAAUAUCGUACACGUCGUCGUACUAAUCGCCGUCUUGCACGACAAAUUUUAUCAACUAAGGGAAAUCAGCAUGACAAAUCGCAUAAUUCUUUUCUUGGAAAAAUUUGUGAUGCGACGUAUACUUUACUAGUUGUGCGAUUAUACUUUUGCACCAAUGCAUACGGUCUGCCCGAGCGCAAGUCGUCCGUCCUGGACCACUGCAGCCGCAGUAGUGAGCGGUCGUCUAUCCCCGUAAGCGAAAACGGGCACACACUGCCCAAGAUCGCCGAGGAGGACGUUGCGGAGGCGCUGUCGCCGCAGAACGACCUGAGCAAGUCCUCGGGGACCGCCUCGCCCGAGCCGCUCCGCCGCGCGAACACGCUGCUCGGCAACGUGCGCGGGAACAACUUCCACGUGACCGUGCCCAACCAGUACAUUGCCAUGCUGCCCAGCAGCAGCUCCGCGUCCUCGCUUUGCAGCCAGGGCGGCAGCCUGCUGCGCGACGGGACGCUGAUGU